AUGGAAGUAGAAGAUUGCAAAAGGACUCGUGUUUACGUGAUGGGAGGACGUGGGCACGGCAAGACCACUGUCAUCAACCUCCUCCUUGAUCAAAUGAAUGCACCAUCAGAUCGUGGGGACAUUUCUGUGUACACAGGCCGACUCUUCACAGAUACCUCCAAAGAGGAGAGAUUGGGUGCAGAGCUUCACAUGGACAUGUGGGAACUUCCAGGUAGUAAAUUAUUGCGAGCACUCUACCCCGUCUUACUGACAGAACCCGCAAUCUACCUCGUUCUGGUAACAGCCGACACGCAGGAUCCUGAUGUGGAAGUCUUAGACAUCUGCAGGUAUAUAAUGUAUAAGAUUCACAAACCACACAUCAUUGCAAUACUAACCAAAACUAACUUACCUUCGUGUCAAAAAAUUAACAUCGGUGACAUUUGUCGUCGUAUAAAGGAUAGAUGGAACGAGGUUGUCGGCCAGUACUCCCAGGAAAACACAUCCUGUGAUAGAUUAGCCUCAAGUGAAGAAGUAACUGGUGAUGAAGCAAAGCAACCAGCUAUAACAGAAAAUAACUUUUCGUUACUUGUUCAUCCUUUUAACUCUACUGACACUCAGAUGCUCCAGCAGUUGAGAAAGUCACUCCUCGCAUGUGCCUCUUGGAUCUGUUCCGACGUUGGUUACGACUUAUCUAUCAAACCACGUCUCCUACAGACUUUUCAGUAUAUCCACAAAAAGAACAAGGAACAUCUUAUUUUUGUGACAAAAGAACAAUUACCAUACUCUUAUUGCAACUUUACUGAACAAGCUUUGAACUAUCUGCUGAAGAAGGACUAUGUUCGAGAGUUCCACAUCACGACGCAAGAUGAGGCGACCACAGUUUUUUGUGUCGACCCUCUUGCCUUUUCUAACCUCAUGUUGCGGUCCCAUCUCGACGCUGGAGGGCAUGUGUUUCGCUUGGAGGCUGGUAAGUUCUGGCCUUCAAACAUGAACCGGACACCGCCGAAUCCGACCGUCGUUGCAGGAGUGCUUGAAAAUCUCCAGACCAGCGGAAUGGUUCCUGAAUCUUUUCUACCUCUGCUAUGGAAUACGCCGUACAUCCGUAUGGACCAGAUAACACUGGCAUUGGGUGUGAUGGAGAGUCUUGGACUAAUCUGCCACGCGAACACCCAAGGACAGGCCAUUGACCCGACCCCAGAGCUGGACAUGCCGUUCUUUACUUAUCUGUCCGGUACAAGCAUGCGACAAAUCAUGCUUAUGAACAAACUCCCGGAGACUAAACCGAGCUUGCAUUGGUCAGAGAACCCACACAAGGGAGACUUCCAGAUCUCGGUCCACUUCUGCUGUAAAUGUGCCAUACCAUUGGGUAUAGUACUUAGGAUACUAGCUUUGUGCUUAAAUUUGACCAGACCAUUCACACAAUACAGCUAUGUCUGGCAACAAGGUGUCCUCAUACAGCUCGGAAAGGAGGUAAGGAUUAACGUGAAAGGAUUUACGAAGGAACUGCAAUUCAUAGCUCGCGUAGUGACGGAUUCCUACUCCGACUUGAAGACUGCCACACAGGUUCUGUGGAUGACCGUGGCACCAUGUCUUGUCCAUCUGCUGAAUUUUUUAGCCUCGUUGCCAGGACUAGUUACAGAGAAGUACCUGAGUUUCAGGGGAGACCCGAAUUUCGAUGAGGUAUUUAGAAAAUCCGUUACAGACCGUCGUCUUAAGAUUGACCAGCUAGUAUCAAAACAGCUAUCACAAACCGAGUCCAUGUCGUCCAAAUGGCUCAUCCCAUUCAAAGUGGACAACUCUGUGACGUCAUUCGAGACAUGGCUUGCGUUUCUUAUGGCGAACCGGAAUGAUGUGCUCCAAACACUGUCGCCGGAAUUGCUGUAUCCGCCCGAUUCUAAUACACGACCAGGUACUAUAUCAACUGAGAACAUUCCUCGAAAAACCACAAAGAAGACUUGUAAAGUGAGCUGGGAUAUUGAAAACAAAAACACAGAAACUAAGAAAAGUCCUAACAAGACUGAUCCAGUUACACAGGAGACGGUAGUAACAACGUCACUACAUCAGACCAAGUUGGCAUCGAGAAAGAAAAGACGUAAACAUGUGUUGCCAAUUAAACAUAAAGUAUCACCGUCACAUAAGGGGGCGGUAACGGGAUUCGACGAAGAAACGGCAUUGAAAGUGGCAUCUUGUAUUUCAGCGACAGUGCUAUCUGCUAGUGUUGCGAGGUUCAUGGAAGACGAGAAUAGGGUCAACAGCACAUGGUCGCCAGAACAGGUUCUUGCCGUGCGCGAGAUCUCACAGUUGUCAUCUUCAGUAUGGGAGGGCGAUAUGACGAAAUUUUCCGCCGCUAUUUCUCAUGCUGUAGAGAAAAAUAAGCAAGCAAAUGAUAUAAAAGCUGCCAAGCCAGAUCACUCACCAACCAUUCAAUCUACCAGGUUCUGUGUUCUGUUAUAA